UCUUUGCCCAAGUUUAAAUAUUAAACUCAGAGACGGCACAGUGAUAAGAAUGAUGUCAUACACUCCUAGGUGAGCUUUAUCAUGCAUGCAAUUCAAUCGUCGUUUCUUAUCGCUUAUCGAAACGCAACUAUUGAUAAUUUGUUUCCCGCUAAAUUUUUUUCAAACCAUACUAUUCUGCUCAGUCCUGCUGCAUACAUUGUGUUAAGUGCAUACGCGAAAAAAAAUGCCAGAAGUUCAAUCAUUCAUAUUUCUUGAUUUAGUUAGUACGAACUAUCCUAAGGCGAUGGGGGAAAUCACAGAGAUUUCAUUGCUAGCAUGUUCGAAACAACAGAUCCUUGACACGGCCUAUGAUGAUCUUCCGAGAAUUCUCCAUAAAUUGACCAUUUGCAUUAAUCCGCAAAUAGAAUACUUUGAAUGAACGGAAACAGGUAUGAUUUUGAAACGAUUAUGGGAGUGUUUUCAAACAAUUGUAUUUGUAGGCCUCUCCAAAGAAUUACUGGAGAAUGAAUCACCUCUUGAUGAGGACACAGUGCUACUCUUAAAGUUAUUCUUGAAACGCUUGCCAACACCCAUUUGUUUGGUAGCGCACAAUGGAAGGUCUUACGACUUCGUCAUGCUGAGAAAACACAUGGAAGCUGCACUACCCAAUGACAUUUAUUGCUUGGACUCACUACGCUAUUUUAGAUGUAUGGAGAAAAGCAGCAUAGCAUCAGGACAAAUAGCGGCAACUGUACCAACGAUGGUCGUUUCAAUGAAGGAGGAGGAAGCAGAACAUCGACCGAAAACUAUUGCGGAUUUCUUCGCUAAGAAAAAAACAAAUAAUUCUUUUGCAAGAAAACCUCUAACGGAGAUUCUCCCCAAAAAAGUGGCCCGUAGAAGCUUAAAAUUAGAUGAUAUUUUCAAAAGAUUGUUUGAAAAAUCUCCCCAGCGCAAAAACAACGCCGAAUACGAUGCAGAAACAUUGCUGAAAUGUGCGAUCGCCACAAAUUGCAAGUUCGUGGAGUUCGCAGAGAAGAAUUGCGAUAGGUUCUUCAAGCUUCCCGAGAACUAACUAACUAAUAAACUAACCAUUGCAUAUCAUUCCGAUGAGGUAGAUGCUUUUGGAAAUACAAUAUUAACUUAUAGUUCAAUAAUCUAGAAUUUAUCAGUCUGUUUUGUGGUGAACAAUUUUUCAAAAAGAAAUUCCGUAAAAUUGGCUCCAUUUUGUUAAGCAGUCAUGCGAGUAAUCAUCGACAAGAAUAAAAGUACACGCUUAGGAAAAGUUAUUCAGAGUUUGAGUACUAGGUACUCAUUUUCAAAUGAUACAUGGAAACGUCAAAAAUUGAGUAGUUACCAUCAAUAAUAAUGAGUAACUCUAAAUUUGAGUUUAACCUAAAAACUCGUUUGUAUGUUACUAUUCGCAAGAUCAGUCUAAAAGUUGUAAUAACCAUUUGUAGCAACAGGUUCUAUAUUUUGUUAGUGAGAUCGCGUAUUUCAAGAGUGAGUCGCUUAACACAAACGGUGUUGUGUCUGCAAAAAACACAAUUUUUAGACUGUCCUCUUGGUUGUGCCAUCGACGCAGUUAUUGUGUCCAGAAGGGAUCCGAACUGUGCUUCAAACAAAUAUCCUCAAGUGUGGCAUUUAUGAGGAACAAGAGUCUGAUUUGUUGUCUGAGCAGUACUGACAUGUGUGUUAAGCUACGAUUGACACACUACUUUAAGCGAUCGCCACUUGAUAUGAUAUUAGAAACUAGAAUUGUAAACGGAAUAAUAAAAAAACAUAGAAAUCAAUUGUAAACGAAAUAAUAAAAAAACACAGUAAGAUUGUUUUAUGUGUUGCGUGUCAAUUACUUAAUAUUUUAAUACAAUACAAUUAAAAAAAGGAGCUAUUUUACGCAAAUUUGGUAUAUGUGGAAUAAAAUUUCAUACAGAAUUUAACUAAUUACUCUAUUUUUGGCACAAGGGAAAAUAAGGCGUUACUCAGUAAAUGAGUAGAUUUUACCCAAAAAUCGUUUCCAGUGAAAAAACUCAAAUUUGAGUAAAUAAGGAGUUACUAAA